UUUGAAAGAAUGAAUAAGAAUCGUAAACUUAGCAUGUAGUUGAGCUUUUAGGAGCCACAGAUUAAAAAUAAAAUCACAAUUAAAUAAUAUAGCUAUAACAAAAGCCGUUUUAAAGGAGAGGCAAAGAUGCCUCGUUAUGCGCAGUUGGUGAUGGGCCCAGCGGGCAGCGGAAAAAGUACCUACUGCUCCACUAUGGUCCAACAUUCAGAAACCUUAAAUCGCUCAGUUCAGGUGGUGAAUCUGGACCCAGCAGCCGAGUACUUUGACUAUCCGGUCAUGGCAGACAUUCGUGAGCUGAUACAGGUGGAUGAUGUAAUGGAGGAUGACUCUCUCAGGUUUGGACCUAAUGGGGGCCUGGUCUUCUGCAUGGAGUACUUUGCUAACAACUUUGACUGGCUGGAGGCAAGCCUGGGUCAUGUGGAGGAUGAUUACAUAUUGUUUGAUUGCCCAGGUCAGAUUGAACUUUACACACACCUCCCUGUGAUGAGGCAGCUGGUGGAACAGCUGCAGCAGUGGGAAUUCCGGGUGUGUGGGGUCUUCCUGGUAGAUUCACAGUUCAUGGUGGAGUCUUUUAAGUUCAUCUCAGGGGUCAUGGCUGCUCUAAGUGCUAUGGUCUCAUUAGAGAUCCCUCAGGUAAACAUCAUGUCAAAAAUGGACCUGCUCAGCCCCAAAGCCAAGAAAGAAAUUGAAAAAUAUCUGGACCCAGACAUGUACACAAUGAUGGAAGAUGACCAGUAUUCUGAUAAAAUCAGAAGCACAAAGUUUAAGAAGCUAACCAAAGCCAUCUGUGGUCUUAUUGAGGACUACAGUAUGGUCAGAUUCCUGCCUUUUGAUCGCACUGAUGAAGAAGGUAUUAACAUAGUACUGCAACAUAUUGAUUUCGCCAUCCAGUACGGAGAAGACCUGGAGGUCAAAGAGCCAAAGGAGGUUGAUGAAGAGGCCUCAAACUCAAACUACGAUGAGUAUUUUCAAGACAAAACAUACAGCUGAGGACUAAUGUGAUGAAUGCAGAAAAUAAGACUUUUGUGUGUGAGAUUUAUCAAAAUAAAAUCAUGAGGUGGAUUCAGAAGCAAGAGGAACUCAAAUGGAGCAUGACGCUGGUGGAGAACAAGGACGUCACGAAACUGAAACAUUACAGAUAAAGGGACGUCUUAAGAUUGAUAUGAUGGUGGAUAUCUUAUGUUUUAGUAUUACAUCAAAUUUUUGGUUUGGGAUGCUGUUUUGAUGACUCGGUCAUUUCAAACCUUUUGACUUGUAAGUUAUUUUAUAGCAGAUUGAAGUGCUGAGAGGUCAUAAAAAUGUGUUAAUGCUAUAUUUUUAAAUAAAAGAAUACAUCA